ACAAUUCUGGCGAGUGCGCAUGCCUGCUGUUCUGUUCCGGUUACAAAAUGGGCCAACAACAGUCCGGUGGGGCUGGAGGCCAAGGGGAAAAGAAAGAUGACAAGGAGAAAAAGAAGAAGUAUGAGCCCCCAGUGCCGACUCGUGUCGGCAAGAAGAAGAAAAAGAUGAAAGGUCCUGACACCGCCAGCAAGCUCCCUAAAAUUACACCACAUACAAGAUGUCGACUGAAGCUAUUAAAGAUGGAAAGAAUCAAAGACUAUUUAUUAUUAGAGGAAGAAUUUAUCAAGAACCAGGAGAGACUGAAGCCACAAGAAGAGAAACAUGAGGAGGAACGGACAAAGGUAGAUGAACUGCGUGGCUCGCCCAUGUCUGUUGGUAAUCUGGAAGAAAUUAUUGAUGACAACCAUGCCAUCGUGUCAACAUCUGUAGGAAGUGAGCACUACGUCAGUAUUCUGUCGUUUGUGGAUAAGGACCAGUUGGAGCCUGGCUGUUCAGUCCUCCUCAACCAUAAGGUACAUGCUGUAGUGGGUGUACUGUCAGACGAUGUGGACCCUAUGGUGACAGUGAUGAAGCUAGAGAAAGCUCCACAAGAGACAUAUGCCGACAUUGGUGGUCUAGAUCAACAAAUUCAAGAAAUCAAGGAGUCUGUAGAGCUGCCUCUCACACAUCCAGAGUACUACGAGGAGAUGGGAAUCAGACCUCCAAAAGGUGUUAUAUUGUAUGGUCCCCCUGGUACCGGUAAGACCUUAUUGGCCAAGGCAGUGGCCAAUCAAACUUCAGCUACCUUCCUCAGAGUGGUCGGCUCAGAACUUAUACAAAAGUAUCUCGGUGAUGGGCCAAAGCUUGUUCGAGAGCUGUUCAGAGUUGCAGAGGAACAUGCCCCAUCUAUUGUGUUUAUAGAUGAGAUUGAUGCUGUGGGAACAAAAAGAUACGAUUCCAAUUCUGGAGGUGAGAGGGAAAUCCAGAGGACCAUGCUCGAGCUGUUGAAUCAGCUUGAUGGUUUUGACUCCCGGGGAGAUGUCAAGGUUGUAAUGGCUACAAACCGGAUCGAGACUCUGGAUCCUGCCUUGAUCCGACCUGGUCGGAUUGAUAGGAAGAUCGAGUUCCCAUUGCCUGAUGAGAAGACAAAGAGGAGAAUAUUUAAUAUCCAUACAAGUAGAAUGACCCUUGCUGAAAAUGUCAACAUCGAUGACUAUGUCAUGGCAAAGGAUGACCUGUCUGGGGCAGAUAUCAAGGCAAUAUGUACUGAAGCUGGCUUGCUUGCUCUCCGAGAGAGGAGAAUGAAAGUGAGAAAUGAAGACUUCUCAAAGGCAAAGGAGAAUGUGCUGUACAGGAAGAACGAGGGAACUCCAGAGGGCCUUUAUCUCUAAUGUCUGUUCACAGUAGUGUCAUGCUGGUAAUAGUCACCAUUCCUAGGACCAGCACAACCAAGUCAUGGACUUUCUGAUAUUUGUAGUGCUAAGUUUAAAUUAUCAGGUGGAAACUUGUUCUGGAAAAAAAAAAGGAUUCUAUGUGUGAAAAUCAUCUAACAUGAAAGGAAGUAUGUGUGAAAGUUAUUUGUAUGAUGAAUAAAAACUUUGUUGUCAACAAA